CAGUCUCUUUCAGCCCAGAAUGGCGGCUCUUUUGGAAUCUGUUUUGUUGCGGAAAGUGGACCCUGAUAAGGUUGUAGGCUGGUUGAAAAACGUUCAGGAGAAUGAGAACCUGUUUGAUGAUCCUUCACUGCUUAUCCAGAAACAAGAGUUUGUCCCUUUCCUCUUAAACUUCCUGAGAGAGCAGAGCAGUGAAGCUCUCACUCAUGGACCUGCUACACCAGCCAAGACCCCCAGCCGCCCCAGACCACCCGCUCAGACUCGAGGAUUCCCUGACAAGUCGGGAUGCAGGUCUGCUGGGAGUGGGUCUGGGUCUCGUAGUGCCAGUCGUGUGCAGCUUUUCUCCCCCGCUCCCUCUGUAUCGCCUGGGAAUGAAUCAGAUGCUGCAGGUCAGUCGGGUUUGAGUGGAGUCAGUGCCUUCAGCAGCCCUCCCUGUUCUACAGCGUGGAGUCCAGCCUCCAGGCCAUCAGGCUCUGAGCGCAGGUAUGGCCAGAAAACCCGUCUGGGUGACUACAUGGUUUCUCCCACUGAGCUACAGCAUAGCCCCAGCUUCCAGCCACACAAAGGGCGCAGGAAGAGUGGUGGCAACACACCAGGUGGAGGGCAAGCAAGACAUGGAGGAGGGCGAGGAGGUCCUCACACCGAGGAUCCUGGAUGGAGGCGGUCAGCAAGAGGGAGGAUAAGUGAACAGGUUUCACUAUCAGCUCCAGCUCAUCUAAAUUUCAACAACUUAGAAGACUUCCCUCCUGUUGGCUCAUCACCCAUUCUCCCAGGGACAUCCAAGCCAUCCAGAAGGAUAAACCCAACGCCGGUCAGCGCGGAUAGACCCAACUCAAAACCAAAGACCUGUUUCACAUCCACUCCUCUCCAGAAAGUUUCCAGCCCUCCGCUAGGAGUGGAGCCGCUUGAGGGAACCGUGACCGUGGGCAGUCCUAUGAGCCUGAAGGAGGAAAGGGAAUUACUGAAAAGAGAAAAGACAAAGCUUGCCCAACAGGCCGUGUCUCUUCCUCCAUGCUCUCUGGAUCCCUGUACUCCUACGAAAACGGGAGUUAGGACCGAAUCUAAAGUUACACCAGACUCUCAGACGACAUGUCCUGAACCCUCCAAAGUCACCUUCUCCUCGGAGCUCGAUAUUUUGGCUGAGCUUUACUGCACCUGCAUUUCUGAAAACCUUGUGCCAAACCUGUUCCUGGAGCUUUUCUUUGUGAUGCAGCUGUUAACAUCCAGGUCUCCUCAUACACAUGACGGCGAAGAACAGUUGAGCAUGUGUUCAGGAAAUUCCGAUGUCUUGGAAAGAUGCUACCUAAGACAAGUGCACAAUUGUGUGUAUUUUGCUGUAAAAGUUUUGGAGAAUCAAUUUCAGUUGGUCGCUCAUUUGGACAAGUGCACUUUGCGUCUGCUGGCAGAGAACGAACGAGUGGCUUCUUUCUCUCCAGAACUUAAAGAUCGCCUCACUCAGGCUCAGGACAGAAGCACAGCUAAGCUCUCUCCUUCGGUGUCCACUUUUAUCCACUCAGUCCCCUUUCAGCCGGCCACUGACAAUCGCUCCAAUUUUGGAAGCGACAAGGCCUUCCACACCUUUAAGAAACAGAGAGAUAUUUUUUAUGAAGUGCUUCGAGAAUGGGAGGACCUUCAUAAAGAGCCGAGCUGGAACUUUGAUGCUGCACUUGGACCCAAAAUCAGAGGAAUGAUGAGUCAGCUGACUUCUGCCGGAAAUCAUUCCCACUUUGCUCGUCUGUUUUUGAAGCAGCUUGUUCAGAUGUGUAAAGGCCCCCGUACAAACACCCCGUCAGUAGAGGCACCCGACGCCGACCUGCUGGGCAUGCUGGGAGCUGACAGCCUGGGUCGCCUCAAGCGUCUGGAGGAGCGACUCAUUCAGCCGCAUGGAGUGGUUGGCCCCUGUCCUCCUCCAUCCUUUCCUGGCCACCAGGAGUUCUUCAGGGACUUCAUACAGACAGCCAGCUGCUGCCAGAUGAACCAGCACCUGCAGGACAGCCUCUGUCAGCAGCUCCUCCAGUUGGACGAGGUGUCCAUCCUGAGUCCUGCUGCCUCCACUGGGGACGGAGAGGACGAAGAGGAUGGAGACAUGGAGCAGCAGGAUGAGAAGCAGCGGUUCACCUCAGUGCUGCUCCUGGCUCGUCUUCUGGCAAAGUUCCUGGGAUUCAUCGCAUUUCUUCCCUACCAGACAUCAGAGAAACCCUCUAAAGAAAUCCAGGAAACAUCUGUAGCCCUGCGCAGUAAGAGUGUCCAGGUGCUGGACGUCUGUGCUGUGUUGCAGAACAGUGUAAGGAGGAGGCGAACCAUUUUAACCAUACCUUGGCUGGUGGAGUUCCUCUCCAUGUUGGAUUUCAUCGGCCCUCUGCUUCUCUGCUACAGGGGGGCACUGGGCACCCUGCUUCUUCUCUACAGGAGGCUGCAGCUGAACCGGCAUGAAGAAAUGUGCUACCUGAACAAGCUGCUGCUAGUGUCCGUGUUGGGGUGGCUCUUUCAGAUUCCAGUGAUUCCUGAGGACAUUUUCUUCACCAGUGAGUUCACUGCUCUGGUCCAGGAGGAAGAUGGGGUUACGGGUUCUACCGGACUUGACUGCAUCCCAUUGGUGGAUCAGCAACUUCUUUACACAUGUUGUCCGUUUCUCGGUGAGUUUCGUAAGCUGCUAGCAGCUUUCGUCUCCGGCAGCGCAGCUAGGAGUGGAGGAAUUAUCCGCAAAAUUACCCCCACUUCUGCUGAGCUCAAGGACACGCCAACCGCCAACCGAUCGCAGCACAAGCUGCAGGUGGACCUGGAGCAGGCCUUCUUUCACAAUCAGCCUCCGUCUUUGCGCCGCACAGUGGACUUUGUGGCAGAGAGAGUUGGAUCCAACGCUGUCAAGCAUAUAAAGGCGACGUUAGUGCGAGAGUUGGUGGACAGCGGAGAGGAAAUGCUGAAAGAUGGGCUGCAGUCGCCGAACUCAAAUGCCUCCAAGUUGAAUGACUCCAUAUGUGCUCGGCUGUGUGAUGCCGGCUUAGAAUCACUUGGAAAAGCAAACAGAUUUUGCAACGAAAAAAGCCCUGACGCCAUACGUAUUCUGCUCCCUGUAGAGACCACACCAGCAGUCCUGACUACAUCUGAGAACAUCACCAAACGCUUAGCUGCCGAGAAAGCUUGCAGCUGGCUUUCUGCAAACAUUACAGCACUGAUCAGGCGUGAGUGGAAGAGCAGGUAUGAGCGUGUGAUAAAGGCUCUCAGGAGUCCAGUGGCUCCAGACUCGAUGGACCCGGACGGCGCUGAGGCUGAACUGGUCAGACAGGGCCAGGUGAAUACACCCAAGAGGAAACAGGAGAGACUGGUCUCCUGUCCUCCUAGCUGCAAACACAACUCUCCCCUUCCAUCAGACAUCCUCAUUGAGAUAAAGGAGAUCCUGAGCAUCGCCGUGGGCCCCAGGACAGAUGAGGAGCUGCCGACAGGCUCUCAGCUCAGAAGACAACUUCAAAGAGUCAGAAACACGUUAGAGUGCAGAAAGUUCUUAAGCGCUGUGUCAGAGCAGAUGCUUCAGAACUGUACAGUGCUGCUCGCCUGCAAGCUGGUGUCUGGAGAGCUGCCAUUGCGUUCAUCAUGGGGCAGCAGGCAUGGAGGGGUUGCUGUAGAUCCCAGCGCCGGGUCAGAGCCUUCUGUGUCAGAAAUUCUGGAGCAGCUUGCCGAGCUGUGGGAGGGAGGCUGCGGCGCCUCUGCUCCCCUCCACCAGCUCUUCACCCCGAUCACUGUAGCUGCUGUGCUAAAGGCCAAUGACACAGAGAAGAAGAACUACCUGUUCCUUGUUAGAAAGCUGGUUAACAAAGGAAUACUGAGUGAGGAAGAAGUCCUAUCCUAUUGGAAGAAGCUAACAGACCUGACCUUGCCAACGGAGCUGAUUGAGAAUUUCCAGCUGCAGUCACAGAGUAUUGAACUCUCUCUGCCUCUGACUGAGAUGCAAAUGUGCUUUGAGAAGCUGCAGCCAUCGCAUCAGACAAUAGAGGGAGCAACCUGACAGCAAUACCUGCUUGUAUUCCACUAACAACGUUAAGGGCCACCACCUCAGUGUCUUAUCUGUGCAUGUUUUCUCCAAAACUUUAGCCUUUUAAAGUUUCACCAUCUGAAGUCACAAAAUGAUCUUCUCUUAAACUUAGAUUUAACUGACCAAAUGCUCCUGUCAUUUAUGGCUAUUGAACCAUGAAUCAUUUCUCAUCUUGAAGCUGUAUCUGAAAAACAUGAUUGUUUUAUUCCAGAAAAAUGUUUGCCUUCCAAACUCUUUUUAAGUGAAACGUAAACCUCAACAUUUCAAAUAUUGCUGUUUUUUUAUGUAGUAAGUUCAGUUUAAGCGACAGUUAGUUUAGCACUUUCACUUGUUGCCUUUGAUCACAUAAGGAGUUAUGUGUCUUAUUUCAUGAACGCAUUUAACGCGUUUGUGAUAGCUAUUGUUCAUGUUGAACUGUGAUGUAUUCCUAGAAUCUUAUAAACUGAAAGAUUUUAAUGUGUUGGCAAAGAAUGAAGUUAUUAAUAAAGAUUUAUU